AUGAAAAACAAAACAUCAGAUUUGGCAAGUAAUGAGGAAUGCAGGAAAGUAUGGGAAAUAUCUGAUGCCCAGGCUACUAUAAACCAUGGCUAUUCCCUAGAAUUAAUUGAUCCAAAUUGUAUCAUGCGAGUUAAUAGCUGCUUUGUCGAAGAGCUAACUCUUGAUGAUGUUUCCUUGAAAUCUCAGCAUGAAAACAUCUGCAACAAGGAUGCUUUGAACUGUAAGAACACGAUGAAACUUAGCAACAUACAGUCUGUGGAACUUGAAAAUGCCAUAGAAAGUGCAGAGGGCAAGGGGGGCAAAUUUGUGAUGCCUAGGAGUAUGGCAAGUCCAUUCAGAUCGCCAAUAACACCGAAUGUUGCAAAUUUAAAAGUAAGAAUUGAAGAUAGGGUUUCUUCUAAAUUGUUAAAAGCUGAAGAAAAGAGCAUUAGAAUGCUUGAUGCAAAUGUUGCAGCAGCAAGUUACAUCAAAAACAGCUCUGACAUUGAUAUGGAUAACGGCCACAUGGCUAGACAAAAAAGACGUUCAUCUGUUGCUGCAGAGAUUAGGAUCAAAAGGCAGAUCGAAGAAGACACCAAGGCUUCAAAAAACGACGAUUUCGUAAAAUCUCCAUUUGAACUGAUGUUUUGUGGAAUUUCCAAACCUAAAAAGUUGCCACUUAAAAUACAAAGCGAAGCCUCAAUUUUCGAUAUUUUCAACAUUAGAGCAUCUAUUUUACAAGACAGGACAAAUUCCCCAAGAAAAUCUGGUGUCUUUAAGCACAAGUGCAUUUCAGAUGAGGAUAAGAUGCUCAAUUCCAGGUUCUUUCUAAACGAAGAUCCAUCCAUAGAAGCUAGCAGGCAAGAUUGUGCUGAAUCAGUUGGUGAAAAUCAGUCUAUACUGGAGCACAAUGACACUUUUGAGUGA